ACGGGUCGGUCGGGUCAGUUCAGUUGCUUUCCGAAGCUUCACCGUUUAGGAUCAACGCAGAAGGCUUUCUUCGGAGAAACGUCGUCGUGGUCGUCGCGCGGUGGAAAGUGUGCAGAACGCGAACGAGAAGAGGAAACGACGACGGAGCUAUUUUUCAUUAUUUUGCUGUGUGUGGUGCUUUGCAACUGAACGGAGCGCGCGAUCCCUGAAAAAGGAUCAAGUUACGUUGCUUCAAGUCUCGGAAAAGGGCAGCAGAUGUUUCUGCUGAAUGGCUGAGAUGGUUGCUGCUUGCGUGGUUUAACUAGGUGCAACAACAGUUGUGCGUUCCUGUUGAGCCCGAUGUGAUGUGAUGCGAUCCGACUCUGAUUGCCAGCUGUUGCAAGUGCGUCCCAAGAAAAAAGAAGCCCCACAUUUCGGGAAAAUGUUGUGACCUGCCAUUGGUUGGGAUUUUGCCUGAGAAGAGGAAACCUUACCUUGUGGAUGCUGUAGUGACGAUGGACGCAGCCCGUCCAGAAGGGGUCGAAACUAGUGAAGAGUGCAAACAGUAGUGACAGAAAGAAGAAGAGGAAGAUCGACGAGUCUCGCUCGUCCCGUCCGGUUCCAUCAGAAUCCACCGUGUCCGAGAGUGUCUGGCAUCUGUGGCUGCAACGGCGGCGGCGGUGGCGGUGCCUUCUUUAGUGGUGUGAGCGCGAGUGCAAAAGGGUUUAGCGGUAAGAGAGCGCAAAGCAGCAGAAGAAAACCGCAGCAGCACCAGGCAUCGUUUGCGUGGUUUGCUUAGAAGCGAUCUUGGAAGAGUAUAGGCUGGGAGUGAGCAGCGUCGUUGUCGCCGCCAUCAACCCGAGAAAGGCUCGAAGCGGGCGGGCGGGAGGAGUUUUGAGAAAGAAUCUGCAAGGAGCAUAAUAUGACUGAUUGGUGGUGAAGUGCCUUCGGCAAAAGAGACACACAACCUUUGACUCGUGAUCAAAUGAACCACCUCAACCGCUUCAACCAAUGAAGAAACUAAAGCAGCAAAACAAGAAACUUCAUAAAAACGGUCAAGCUUCACAUCAACCUUCACCCUAUGGCAAUCCGUCCAGCAGAAAUGGCCCCAUUCCUGCCUGCUGUCAGUUUCCUUCCUCGGGAUGUCCCGGCUGCUAUCCUUCGUAUUCACCGAACACCACGACGACCCCCUGUCACCUGCCCUACCUAGCCGGAUCUUCGUCCGAGCCAUGUUCAUGCCAGCAGCAAAUCUAUCAAAACUCCACCCAUCGGAAUAAUGACUACCGAGGAGGGUGCCAUCCGCCCACGGCUGCCAUUGCUUCCACUUCCGCUCCAUCCAUCAUCAAACCGACGAAUAUUGUGGCAACGAUGGAACUGUUUGAACCACGUGCUUCCACGUCAUCGGGACACACACAUCAGCAGGACUAUUCUUAUGCGUAUUACGAACCGGGUGCUGCCCUGCGCCACUCCAACAUUCCGUCCUAUAUGUUCGAUCCCUCGGGAAGUGGUCCGUCCUCGCAGAAUCGCCCCUCUGGGGGGAGUAGCUCGAUGCGUGCUCUGAUGGCUCUUGGCGGUAGCAGUCAGCGAAAUCGUUUGUACGUGGCUCGCCGGAGUGGGUCAGCGGGACGCUUUCCGGGAUCGCCUUGCGAGAACAUCUACGAGGAGAUCAUCCACGAAGAGAAUGAACAGAUGGGAGUGGCGGCGGCGUCGGCGGGACCUUCGUCCAGUGGUAGGUUAUCACUGAUGUCAUUGAAUCCGAGCGUGAUCGUGGAGGAGGAGUUCCGGCAGGUGCAGAACUGUCACCGCAAGGUGCUCGGCGAGUUGAAUUUGUCCGUCGAAGCGAUGCUGAUGCCGGGGAAUGGUGGUGGAAGGGUGCAGGAAGAAGAUUAUCAGCGAGGAGUGGUCAGUUAUAGGCGGAAAUCCUAUGGAAUGGGGACGACCAGCGCGGAUUUGGACAGUGGGUUCUCCGGAAGUAGCGGAAGUACGAGCUACAUUGGGAACCUGAGAGCGAGGAAAACGGAAGCGAGGAUGUUAUCGCUUCAGCAGCAAAGUCAUCAUCAGUCGAUGAUGCUAUUUGAGGGAUUGGGACAGGAGGAUACGCGGAGCAUAUCCAGCUGCAACUCGAUGGACCGGUCCAGUGGGGGAGGAUCCGUGAGGGCACUGUGUAGCAAGGGGAAGAAUUUGAGCAAACUGUUCAGUGGGAGUACGCGAUCGUUGAAGCGGAUGCUGGAAUCCAGCGAGGGGUCCAAGAGGAAGGGCACCCAUUCGACGCCGAGUUCGCCGACGUUUGUCAAAUCGAACAAAGUCGGGUUUUGGUCGAAGAAAAGCUGGACCAAGAAGCUGUCGUCGAGUGGAGCGUUGCAUCGGAGCUUCGAAGACGAGACAAAGCCCUACCAAACGGCCGAUAGUUCGUGGGAUUGUUCUUUGUCGCGGAGCGCGAUCGAACCGGUGGUGCCACCACCCACGACAACGCUGAUCAGCGACGACAACAAUCCGCAAACGCACCGCCAGCACCAACGCCAAUCGAGUGUGUCCUCCGAUGCCGUCGAGUUCCGUUCGCCGCAGCUAAUUCCGUACUCCUCGUCCGAUCAGCGCACCACCAAACUCGACUACAAACCGUCCACGCGGACGGUCAGUUCCGAGGACAGUUGCUACUCGGAGGAUCGGUACAUUUCCUCCGACGAGGACGACGAAGACGACGACGACGAGGACGAAAUCGAUCUAGACGAGAACGAUAUCCGGGAGGAGUAUCUUCAAAAUCGCAACCGUCGUAACAUCAACGUGCACCAUCAUCACCACCAGGAACCACCAAAGAACCCAACGCCAAAGGCAGCACUCGGACCGAUCGAGCUCGACGAACUUCAGCAUCAGCAGCGGCAGCAACCGUUCGUGGCAGCAAGUGAUCGCCGGCGGAGCAUCAGCCAACUGCAGAACACCCUCAACAAGGCCAAGGCGCAUCUUUCGUUCGAUAAAUGGAAAAGUCACCACGGCGGUGGUGGCAGCGGCAGCAACACCUGUGCGGCGUCCCCUCCCUUGCAGCAACAGCAGCAGCAACUUCAUCUGCAUCAUCAUCAACAACAGGUGGCCGCUGCUGGUGGAGGCGCUGGCGGUAAUGUUCGCCUGAUUGCCGAUCUCGUCAACAACAAUAGCAGUAGCAGGACCCCAGGCCCCAGCAUCCAUUUGAGUAGCGGUCGGAACGCCCUGCACGCAUCCACAAUGUCAACCACAGCAUCCGCGGCCACCACCUCCCCUAUCCCGCAAACGGUAAUGAACCCCGGAUCGGCUUCGCUCGUAUCGGCCACGGCCGUCAACUCUGGCUCACCCAGUUCGACCAAUUCUUCGCCUUCCAUCUCGUCGGAACCCUUCUCACGGCUAUCGCGCUGGUUCUCGAUACGCCGUGGCUCGAUGAACCAGUACGACGUGAAGAGCCACAACACGUCAACGGCGACGGCACUCUCCAGCUCCGCGGGCGGAAAGGAGAACCGUCGCAACAGCAUCGACCACGUGGAUUCCACCGGAUCGCUCUUCGGAACCGGCAGCGGCAAGUUCGACGGCGGCAAGCUAGCCAUGAACAAGGUGCUGGAAGCGGACGAAGAUCCGCUCCAGUUGGCGCUGGACAGCUUUGCGAUGACCCGCGGAGCCGGAGCGGAAGCGAAAAACGUCGAAAGGCGACACAUCCCGGUAGCGCUGCCGCCGGCCCCGUCCGGAAUGACCCAGCAACAGCUCAAGCGGAGGCACAUCGUAGCGGCUAUCAUUCACAGUGAGAACUCCUACGUGGCCUCCCUGCAGCGAUUGGUCAAUGAGUACAAACGACCCCUCGAGGAAAGCAACCCGCCCAUCCUGAACCCCACGAAAACUGCCAUACUUUUCCAUCGCCUUCCGGAGAUCCUCCAGUUGCACACCCUCUUCCGAAUAUCCCUGGCCGACUACAUCCAAAGUUGGGACUCGGAGGAGAAAAUCGGUGACGUCUUCGUGGCCACCUUCAGCAAAUCGCUGGUGCUGGACGUCUACAGUGGGUUCAUCAACAACUUCUCGAUCGCCAUGGAUCUCGCCCGGAUGGAGGCCAAACGGAAAUCUGCCUUGUCGGACUUCUUCAAGGUCAAGCAAAUCUCCGCCCACGAUCGAUUGUCCUUCUUCGGGCUAAUGGUCAAACCGGUCCAACGGUUUCCCCAGUUCAUCCUCUUCCUGCAAGAUCUGCUCAAGUACACCCCGCAAGGACAUCACGAUCGGAUGUCGCUGCAGCUGGCGUUGACUCAGCUGGAAUCCCUAGCGGAAAUGUUGAACGAACGCAAACGGGAAGCCGAGCAGUUCCAAGCCUUCAAGGAGAUGCUGGAGAACAUCAGCGGAACGUUCAACAUCCGAUCGUUGGUGUCCGGCGGAACGUCCGACAACACCAUCAACAGCACUACCACCCGGUAUCUGCUGCGGGAGGACAACGUCACCCAGCUGGAGUUCAACCAGUCCGGAUCCGUUGUCAAGAGUAAGAAACGUCGGUUGCUGUUGCUGAACGAUAAGGUGCUGUGCGUUUCGGUUGCGCCGAAGCAGUCGCACGAGUUCGGAUCGUCGGAGAAGCUAACCUACAAGUGGAUGCAUCCGGUUCAGGACGUGGAAAUCGUCGACAACAAUCAGUCCAUUACGCUUUCGAGGAUACUUACGGCAGGAAUGAAACGCGGCAACAGUCUGAAGUCCAACUCUAGUUUCGAUUCGCCUUACCUGGUUCCGGGGGCUCAUCCUGGCACGAACACCAGUUGUUCCACCAUGAAUAGUUCGUUCGGGGGUGGUUCCACCCUUCCGGGUGGUGCGUCCAGCGGCGAAGCAGACAACUUGUGCAACGAAAUGAACGACUUGAUGCAUGACUACGAGGUCAUGUCGAGGAUAAACGACCUGGUCGGUUCGUUGAAGGGUUCGUACAAGGAGAUUAAUCUUGGUGUGACGAAGUCCAUCCUCGCGGACAUCCAGACGUCGAUACAGAAAAAGGACGAGGAAAUCCUGUGGGUGGACUCGUGCUGUCUGCAGCUGGUGCUGAAGAACGCCGCCAAGGGUGGCAAGGAGGACAUCACCUACACAUUCCAGAUCGAGAACCCGAUGGUCAAGAAGGACUGGAUCACGGAACUCCGGCUCGCGCAGCUGGCGCUCGAUCCGAACAAUUCGCCCGCCUGGCAGAUGGGCGCCGAGCACGAGCAACGAUACUCCCUGGCGAAGAUGCCACUGUUUGUGAAGGCCUACCCGGCGUACAAGUCGCAGCAUCAAACCGAGGUCUGCUGCGGAUGCUACUUCUCCUCGAACCUGGCAUCGUCGGGGGCGUAUCGGUUGAAACCGUCGGCGCGCAAGCGCUCCAAACACUCCAACAACCUGUGGAUCUGCUCGACGGACAAGGUGAACAGCCACGUGACGAUCCUGGCGCACAACAGCGCCCAGCACCAGAGCAACGGCGGAAUCGGCGAGGUGGCUCGCUUCAGUCUGACCGAGUCCAUCGUCACCUGUAUGGAGUACGUGAAGGAGGGCGGAUUGAUCACGGGCGACGACGUCGGGGCGGACUCGAUCUGGAUGGGGACGAACAACCAUCGGGUGCUGAUCUACUCGGCCAGCUAUCCGAUCAACGACGAACAGUUGGUGAACCUUUCGCUGCCGGGAGUUCCUAGUCAGAUAUUGUACUUUAACGAGCGGGUUUACGUGGGAUUGACCAGCGGUAGUGUGCUCGUAUUCAGCCGGACCGAGGCUGGAAUCUGGAGUCUGAACAGUCCGAAGAUCCUGGCGGUGCAGAGCGAACCGAUCACGAGUCUACUGGCGAUCAAUAGCAGCGUGUACUUCGCGGCCGGGAAAUACGUCCACGUUAUCAACGGAAGGACAAACGAGGUCGAGAAAAACUUCCACAUCAAGCAUACGAAUUCGUCGAAUGUCAGUGCGAACGUGAAUCUGUUGGCACAUUCGGGUAUUGGGUUGUGGAUCUCGCUGAAGAAUUCCAGCAUUAUUUGUCUGUAUCACACGGAGACGUUCAAGCACCUGCAGGACAUCAACAUCGCGUCCAACGUACUGAGGGUAACGUCGUCGCAUCAGAAUCCUUCGCGGGAGUCCAGCUCGUCGAUUCAGGUGACUGCGUUGAUGGCAGCCAAGGGUAUGCUGUGGGUGGGCACUAACGUGGGUAUUACGUUGACGAUCCCAUUGCCAAGGUUAGAAGGUGUUCCGAUCGUAAGCGGAGGUGUGAACAUCUCGUACCACGCCCAUCUGGGUCCGGUGACAUUCCUGUUGCCGUUGGUUACGAAGUCGUAUCAAAGUUUGAAGGGCGUGGAGAGUGUGACGGAAGGAAAGGCGGAGUCGAAGGAAGUUGAGGUAGCGGCGGAGAAACAGGAAGAUCCGGAAAAGUCGAAGGAAGCAACGGCUCUGAAAGAGCAGAUCUGCUCAAGUCCGGUGAUCUUGAGGCGAAAGAAACCGAUUCCGAUGGAUUCGGGUCGAAUGGCCAAAACAUUGCCGCGGAAUCUCCGUACGAGUAGUGGAGCCUUCUCGCCGUCGAUUCACUCAACACUGUCCUCAUCGUCCCAGUACUCCGAUCAAGGAUGCGAUGUUUACCGACUCUACGGAGAUUUGAUCUUCGUUAAGGAAGACCUGGAGAAUCAGGAAGACCGAAACAUCAUGGAUCCAAGUUACGACUACCUGCGAAGGAGUGACCCAGAUAUAGCGGCGAUCCCGGCAAAGGUAUCUACGCUAGACCGCCGAUUGCGGAUGAAGGUUAGCCGACCGCGAUCGCUGGAUUUGUCGAAUUGGUCGAUGGAGUCGCGAUCAUCCAGCGUUUACACUUCCUCCGGAAGUGACGAGAAUGUGGGAGGUCGUAGCGGACCAGGCAGUAAAAACGUGUCCCGGAACAGUUCCAGCGCUAGUCACAAGAUGAACAACUCCGAUCUGGACAAUAUCAACGAGAACGAGGUAGCUAUGCAUCUGAAACCAGCGGCGUUGGCGGACGCAGUUCCGACGAUGACCAAAGAAUCGUUAUCGGUGGACCUGGACAAAUUCUCGUCGACUCCGAUUGCGCCGACAAACACGACCCGGCGAAAGAAGCACCAGUCCAUGAAUGGGGGUUCGGCGCACAACGGUGCUGGCGGAGCGUCCGGAGAAGGCACGAGUGCCGCGCGGCGGACCAUUCUGACGUUGACCGGCGGUCGGGGCUACGUCAAUUGGCGACACAUCUGGGAACGCACGGGUCCGCUUGAUGGAGGCAAGUCGGCCAACAACUCUCCGCAGAACCAUCACCACCAACGGACCAGCUCCGUGACGUCUCUGGCCGGCCUGGGGCAAACCAAUUCGACCGAUGCCCACCUCGUCAUCUGGGAGAAGAAACUGUAGGGACAAGGAGGAUACUUUCGUUGUUUUCUUAGCUUUAUGGGAGACUUUUAUUGGUGUGCGUGCGAGUGAUUCGUCGAUAUUUUCCGAAGGAAUUGAAAAACCCAGUGAACUGGCUGGGACGACUUGCUAAAGACCCAUUUCCUAUGCAAAUACAUGUUGGGCGCCAAUGUGAUAAGACUUUAAACUAUUUCUCGUUGUACACACACAUUUCGAUUUACGCAUUAUCACAUCUCACUCGGUAAGGUUACAAAAAGUAAAGUAAUCAUCCGAUUCUACACAAUUGGAAAUUCAAAACUAUAGAAAGAUGUAUAUUUAUCUACGUUUUUAUGAGAAACAAUCUUAUCAAGAGAAAAAGAUAAGCAAAGAGAUUUGUUAGCUGUAUAUUAACUAGUAGAAACGUAUCGAAGAAGAACAUGAAUUCUAAUUGCGUUCUCAGUUUAGUUCAUGUUUUGAUUGAAUCAUUUCAAACUCACAAAACUAAUUUUCUUUUAGUAGUUUAAAACAAGAUGGGCGCCAAAAUGGCGUCUCAUAUAGCCGUAUUUAUUAUUAUCCGCUCACACUCACGCAAGCAGACACUAGGAACGUUAUACCGUUGUUGUUAAACUCAAAAGAUUUCGUUACACACACACAGACACAAAAAAUAUGGUACUACAACAAUAGAAAUGGUUAUUUUCUAAAACGAGUCUUCGCGGUUGCUCUUCCACUCAGUUGCGUCGGACACACGAAUGAAGGGAAUCGUUCACACAAACACAAGUGUAAAAACCGAAUCGAAUACCACUCAAAAAGGAGUUCAAACCUCAAUUUUGUUAGGAACUACUAAGCUAAAUGGUGUUUGGGUGCAUUCUUGCUCUACCUAAGGAUCUUAUUUUAGGGAUUUCGCAUUUAGUACAAAUAUGGAAGCAGUAGUUUAACAAGAUUACACAUCUGGUUUUUACUUAGGAGGAACAACAGUAAUAUUUGUACAAAGGACUUUAGACAUAAAUUCUUGAAAUAGGUUCGUCCCGGUAAGCAUCACCUAGCGAGGGAGAAGAUUGAAUUCGAACUUUUUUUUAGGGAGUAGUGAAUUUCGAGUCGCGUGAAUCGAUUUGGUAGGGAACAAACUCUGUGAAGAGAACUUCAUGAAGGUUUCGUUAGGAUAAUAAUUAAGCUAGUUAGUUACUAUUAUUUUUCUAUAAAGUUCUGUUCAAACUUUUCAAUCUACUUGUUUCAUAAUCUCGAACGAAAAAAAAAGAAAAUAAGCAAAACUCUAAACAUUCUCACAUAUUUCAUUUCCUAUGUAAAUGUUUCCAUGCUCAUUGAGUAACUUCCUUUCAUUCCUUUCUCAGAUCUGAACCUUACGCUCUUGAUUCAAUUAACAAUAGAUACUCAACAAAAUAGAGAAAACCGAACCCAAAAAUCAAAACAAACAAUCUCGUUGGUUGAUAACAACACGGAAAUCAAAAACAAAUCAAAACUGCGUAACAAAACUCAAGUACACAUAUAAAUAAACGGGCCUAUAGAUGUUCAUUAUUUGUAUAAAGCAAACAUAAAAAAACGAAACAAAAACCAAA